AUGAAUAUGAUUCAAAGCAUUGGAAAUUUAUUAGUUUUAAAUAUAAAUAGCAACGACAUUUCAGUCUUGUCCACAGCAUUUGAUUUAAAUUCUGAUAUGUUGAAAACAGAAAUUAAUCUUCUUAAACAUACAGAUAAUAUACCGAAAGGCGAGAAGAAUAAAUGUGGUGAUUGGAUAAAUUGGCUGACACAAUCCAACUGUGGAAGGGAAACUAUAUUUUGUAAUGUUAUUAAAGCAUUGAAAACAUUUAUGAUUAUACCAGUAACGAGCUGUGCUUGCGAGCGUUUAGUAUUGUGA